AUGGAGACGGCCACUGGCAGUGAGCGCGGGAGCCCCCCGGGCCCCGCAGUGCCGCCGCCCCGGGGCCACGCGCCCUUGGCUGCCGCCUCCUGCCCAGGCGGGCUGAGUCCCCCGGCGCGCGAGCCGCCGCAGCCGGAGGAGGAGCGGCAGCCGCGGAUCAGCGAGAGCGGCCAGUUCAGCGACGGACUGGAGGACCGAGGCUUACUAGAAAGCAGCACCCGGCUGAAACCUCACGAAGCCCAGAACUACAGAAAGAAGGCAUUGUGGGUCUCCUGGCUUUCCAUUAUUGUCACCCUGGCCCUUGCAGUGGCUGCCUUCACUGUCUCCGUUAUGAGGUACAGCGCCUCUGCUUUUGGGUUUGCAUUUGAUGCCAUUCUGGAUGUACUGUCGUCAGCGAUCGUCCUGUGGCGUUACAGCAAUGCGGCUGCUGUGCACUCUGCCCAUAGAGAGUACAUAGCCUGUGUCAUCUUGGGGGUGAUAUUCCUUCUCUCCUCCAUAUGUAUAGUGGUCAAAGCCAUCCAUGACCUCUCAACUAAGCUGCUCCCAGAAGUGGAUGAUUUCCUGUUCAGUGUCUCCAUUUUAAGUGGGAUCCUGUGCAGCAUCUUGGCAGUUCUGAAGUUUAUGCUCGGGAAGGUUUUGACCAGCAGAGCACUCAUAACCGAUGGGUUUAACUCCCUUGUGGGCGGUGUGAUGGGCUUCUCCAUUCUUCUGAGCGCUGAAGUAUUCAAGCACAAUGCAGCAGUCUGGUACCUGGAUGGCAGCAUAGGUGUGCUGAUCGGACUCACCAUCUUUGCCUAUGGGGUCAAACUCCUCAUUGACAUGGUGCCAAGGGUCCGGCAGACACGUCACUACGAGAUGUUUGAGUGAAGGCGGCUGGAGGGGCGGGAGCAGGUGGCUCCUCCUGAAGACUGACAAGGUGACACCAGGUUUCCCUGUAGGCAGACGGUGCCAAUA